GCUCCCGCCGAGGCGGCGGCGGCGUAGUCCGCGUCCGCUGUCCCUCUCCGCCGCCCGGCCCUAGGGGGUCGCCGGCUCCCCUCCCCAGCUCUCCUGCGCCCCGCGCCCUCUCGGCCCCGGUCAUGGCGUGCGGAGCCACUUUGAAAAGGACUCUGGAUUUCGACCCGCUGCUGAGCCCGGCGUCCCCCAAGCGGCGGCGAUGUGCGCCAUUGUCGGCGCCCGCCUCGGCCGCCGCCUCCCCGUCGUCGUCGGCUGCCGCCACCGCCGCCUCCUUCUCGGCCACCGCCGCCUCGCCGCAGAAGUACCUCCGGAUGGAGCCGUCCCCCUUCGGCGAGGUCUCCUCUCGCCUCACUACAGAACAAAUUCUGUACAACAUAAAACAAGAGUAUAAACGUAUGCAAAAGAGAAGACAUUUAGAAACUAGCUUCCAACAGACAGAUCCUUGCUGUUCUUCUGAUUCACAGCCACAUGCAUUUCUCCUCAGUGGACCAGCUUCUCCAGGCACUUCAUCUACAGCAUCAUCACCAUUAAAAAAAGAACAGCCCCUAUUUACUCUAAGGCAGGUUGGGAUGAUCUGUGAACGUUUGCUGAAAGAACGUGAAGAGAAGGUUCGUGAAGAGUAUGAAGAAAUAUUGACCACAAAACUUGCAGAACAAUAUGAUGCAUUUGUGAAAUUUACGCAUGAUCAGAUAAUGCGACGAUAUGGAGAACAGCCUGCUAGUUAUGUUUCAUGAAUCACGUUUCCUGCAUUUGUGGGCUGCCCAGUUCCCUGUUGAGUUGUUGCAAGUGGUCCCAGUUAAGACUUGCAGCAAUGCCAUAUUUCUCCCCCUUCCCCUGUGAACACAGGUUAUUUCAAGCUUUUGUCAGUGGCAACCACUUAGGCAGCAACUGAUUUUGGAGUGCUCCCUGAUGUCAAUACCACCUGGAUGUGGACUGUUGCUACCUGUAUUAAUACCAGUGGCCUCAUUUGCUGUAUCAUUACAAUUUGGCUUCUUAUGUUAAUGAUAUGUUUGAAAAAGAUUAAAGCUGGUGUUCUAGAAAAUGCCCUUCAUUGGUUGUGUAAAUAAAAGUAGAAUGACACUUCGGAUUGAAACUAGUGUGGUUUUAAUAACUGUGCACUGCAACCAAGCUGUAACCCAUCAUUAAUAACUUAGAAUGUAAUCCCAGGACAAUUAAGCAAAUAGCCCGCAGUACUAUCUGUGAAGUAGUGAAGGAGAGCAUUUCUGUAUUCCAGGACUUUUGGGGGGGUUAAGAAUGGGUUUAUAUGAUUUCUUGUUUUUGUAGUUUUUAUUUAUUCUAUCAGUCUUUAACAAAUGUUUAUUGCUGCAUUUUUUUUUCCAGUGUAUCAUUGUUUUACUGCCCUUGUAGUACUGGAAUUUAGUUGGAAAAAUAAAACAUUUACUUCUA